CACAAGAAGCUUUCGCUUGGGGAUUUACAAGCCCUCGGUCUACUAAUCCUGAGGAGGAAUUGGUUGACGGGAAAAUGACUCGAAAACCAUUGGCCGGUAUUUCUAAUCAACAAGAAGUUUCAUUACCUUUUACACCUAUUGCCGGAAAAAAACGAAACAUUGGUAGUAUCAUGGAUAUUGUCAUG